CGUGACAGCUCUCGUAAGAGCUUCGCGUGGUCCUGGCGCCCGCAAGAUUACGGAGCUUCUUCUGCUUUUGCGUGGGAAAGUGGGAACUGAAGGGACAGGGACUCCAAGGCGCCAGAGACCACUGGCCUGGCCAGAGUUUCACAGGAGCUGUCUUUUCUGUGGACUUUCCUCCUGCGCAACUGGCCGAGACUUAGGCGACGAUGCCUUGCUUGCGCAGGAAGGCUUCGUGGAGGUGGUGACUUCAAGCAGCGCCUGGAAAAGGCAUAUGCUGUGGUUCACCGAGUGUCUUCUAAGUCUCGGGACUUUCGGAGCCUUGCAGCCUAAGGCAGUGGAGUUUGGUCAAAGCUUUCGGAGAGCCUCCAAAGAGAGUGCCUGCUAACACUGUGAUGCUAAGCACGGCAGGCUGCAGGACGUGACAAGCCUCUGCUGUGGUCCCGGUCCCAGACUUGGCAUCACAGCCCGGAGCAGGAGCUGCGCGCCCUACUGAGAUCCGCUAGAGAAAGGGCGUCCCCUCUCCUCCCCGGUCCGUUCGGCGGGGGCGUCGCGGACUACACAUCCCAGCAUGCUCCGCCGGCCGCCGGGCAGCGAGGCGCGGUGAGUCAGAGCGCACAGUAAAUAUUUGUAUUAGCCGGGGCCGGCUCGCUAAUGGUGGACGCGUGAGGCGAGGCGCGAGCGCGCAGGGAGGCCGGAGCGGGCUGCGCGGCGGCGCCAUGUCCGUGAACAUGGACGAGCUCAAACACCAGGUGAUGAUCAACCAGUUCGUGCUGACGGCGGGCUGUGCGGCCGACCAGGCGAAGCAACUGCUGCAGGCGGCCCACUGGCAGUUCGAGACAGCUCUCAGCGCCUUUUUCCAGGAGACCAACAUCCCCUACAGCCACCACCACCAGAUGAUGUGCACUCCCGCCAACACCCCUGCCACGCCCCCCAACUUCCCUGAUGCCCUCACCAUGUUCUCCCGUCUCAAGGCCUCUGAAAGCUUCCACAGUGGUGGCAGCAGCGGCAGCCCAAUGGCCACGUCGGCCACGUCACCCCCACCGCACUUCCCCCAUGCCCCUGGCAGCUUUGCAACACCCAGCUGGCCAACCGCAGCCUCGCCCCCAGGAGGCCCACAGCACCACCAGUCGCAGCCGCCCCUGUGGACUCCGGCACCCCCUUCCCCAGCUUCAGACUGGCCUCCUCUGGCCCCCCAACAGGCCACCUCAGAACCAAGGGCCCACCCUGCCAUGGAGGCAGAGAGAUAAGGGAGGCCCCUCCCCCCUCCCGGAGGCCAGGGCCCCGUGGGGUGGGGGAGAGGAUGUCUCUGUGGGCCCCUUCACCCCUCCUCUGUCUGCACCCACAUACCCCAGAGCCCUGGAGGGGAGAGACUGGACUCUAGCCAGGCAUUCUUGUGCCAGCAUGCACAGCUGCACACACGCAGGUUCACAGCACAGGAACCCCCAGCGCGCAUGGAUUUGACUCAAAAGUGGCUUGGGUGCCUGGUGGGCAGCACCUUGGAGACCAAGCAGCCAUCCCAACGAAGACUCACCUGCCUGGCCUCACCACCUGGAGUGUUUCAGAGAAUCACUUGGUGGCGGAGAUGUGGCUGACUCCUGUCUUGAGGCCAGUAGGCCUAGAUCCCCACCCUUGGGAAUGCAGAGCCUUCUCCGCAUGUGUGCGUGUAGCUGUGUCUGUGUAUUUAUACGUGUGUCGCUCUUCAAAAGCAACCUAGUUAUGGGGCAGCUGGACUUUGCAUGUUAGAGUGAGCCCCAAGUCCCUUGGCCCACCACCCCCUCUUCCCAAGGGCCCUGCCGUGCUCCACCUCAUCUGCCAGCGUUGCUGUUUCCUGCAAAGGAUUAUGGGAAACUCCAGGACUCUUCUGCCCAUCCCUCAGCGCCUGCCUGCUGGGGUUCCCUGCAUGCCCCUUCCCCAGAGCCCAGGGGUACCUGAUCCCCAUUUCCUAUCCCCCUUUUAACAAAAGAGAAAAGAAUUUCAACCUACUACCAGGCUCUGUAGUCUUGCCUCAUGUGUAUCCUGGGUGUUGCUGACUGCCUCUGGGAAGAGAUGCUAUGCUGAACAAAAGCCACCCAUUCUCACCUAGCUCCACGCUGUUGGAUCUUGCUGUCCUGUCUACGUGGCCUGAAGUCAUCUAGCCUACCAGAGGCUAACUCUGUUAAGUUUCUUAGCCUUUAUUCCCAGACUCUCACCUCUUCUGUACCCCCUUUCCUGAUGAAAUGUUGGAUCUCAGCUCUGCUUUGAGCAGGGCUUAUACCUGUCUGCUGGGGCUUCACAUGGAUCUUCUUGGACCUUUAGCCUAGCCGCCAACUUCAGGGCUUGAUGGGUCUCCCAUCCCAACCUAGAUGCUUAUCUGGAGGGAGAGAAUUGAAGCGGGAGGGAAAAGAAAGUGAGUUUUACUCUACAGUUCCUCCAUGCGGGGAUGGUGGGUGAUUGUUUCUAGAGGAUCUCUUUGGGGGUCGCUUGUCAUGUGGGCCAUGUAUGUAUGGUCUAGUGUGAGGUUUUUGUUUUGUGGAUUUUUCUUUUUGAGCUUGUCCUGGAACUAACUAGCGAUUGUAGACCAUGCUGGCCUCGAACUCCCAGAUCUACCUGCCUCUGCCUCCUGAGUGCUGGGAUUAAAGGCGUGCGGCAUCGCCCAGCCUAGUGUCAGUUUUUUAAUGCUCAGCCACCCCUGGGUGGCUUGCGAUGGCC